AUGAGAACCUCAUUUGUCGUCGCAGCUCUCGCAGCUUGCGCUGCUGCGCUUCCAAAUGCACUUCCCAAGGCGAAUGGAAAUGAGCCCCCCAGAGAUCUCAAGUACCGCAGUGCUGAGGCGGAUGCCAGCGCUUCUAUCUCGCCCCCAAGAGACAUUAAGUACCGCAGUGCUGAGGCGGAUGCCAGCGCUUCUAUCUCGCCCCCAAGAGACAUUAAGUACCGUAGUGCUGAGGCGGAAGCGGACGCCAGCGCUUCCAUCUCGCCCCCAAGAGAUAUCAAGUACCGCAGCGCUUCCAUUUCACCCCCAAGAGACAUCAAGUACCGUAGUGCUUCUAUCUCGCCCCCAAGAGAUAUUAAGUACUAA